AUGGAGCCAGAGGACAUGCCGUGGCCAGGAGAGCUCGAGGAGGAGGAGGUGGAGGAGGAGGAGGAGGAGGAGGAGGAGGCGGAGAACUUGGACGAGGACGAGGUGGUGAUGGUGGAGGAGAUGGAGGAAGAGGAGGGGCGGGAGCCGGACGCGGAUUUUAACUAUGAGAGCCAGCGUCGGGAGAGUACGGACGACGAGGAGGAUGAGGAGGCCAAGGCCUUGCUGCAGGCUCACCCCGGCCGGACUUUGCCUCAGCCGUCGCUCCCGAGGCACCGCUAUUCGGAGGGCGAGCUGACCAGCCCGGGGAAGGUUAUUCCAUUGACCUGUCAUGUAUGGCAACAGCCAUUAUAUCAAAACAAUAGUGGAACACAGAUUUCUGAUACUAAUGUGGUCUCUUUGGAAAAAACAGCUCAGUGGUGUUCUGGGGAUGAUCAGAGAACAGAAUCUUGGCAUUAUCUUCCUCAAGAAAUGGACUCUUCCCACACCUUGGAUACAACCCAGACCAGGUUUAAUGUGAGAGAGAAAGGGACUGAAGUGACAGACUUCCCCUCUCUGGAGGAAGGUAUAUUGACCCGAUCAGAAAAUCAAGUAAAGGAGUCGAACAGAGAUCUCUUAUGUUCUCCAUUGCUAGUCAUACAAGACAAUUUCGCUUCUCCUGAUUUGCCUUUGCUGACAUGUUUGACAAAAGAUCAAGAGUUUGGGCCUGAUUCCUUGUUUCACCAAAGUGAAUUAGAUUUUGCACCUCUGAGGGGAAUUCCUGGUAAGUCUGAAGACACCGAAUGGUUUUCUCGACCGUCGGAAGUUAGUGAAGCUUUAUUCCAGGCAGCCUCGGAAGUAGCUUCAAACUUAGUUAACAGUUGCUUUAGUGUAUCUCAGCACCCACUUAUAGGUAGUACAGCUAUUGAGUCUCAGCGCUUAUUAACUCUUGAACGAGGGACUAAAGAAGAAACUGUUUCACCUGAUACACUUGAGGAUCUGAAAACCCCCAAAGACUCUGAUAGUUAUGAUGCUCUUUAUUCAUAUAUGUCAUGGAAGACACAAGAAGUUAUACAGGAGCCAGAAACCAAUUUAGCUGAUAAAGAUCAAGUUUCUUUUUCAACUGCAUCUGAUACAAAUGAUGAAUACAUAACUCCUAAAGGAAGUGACAGUUUUGAUGCUUCUUGUUCAUAUGUGCAAUAUGGGAAACAGGAAUCUUUACAACAGUUAGAAAAAUAUUUAACCAGUAAGGACCGUGAUUCUUAUUCAGAUUCCUCUGACACAAUUGAUAAAAAUAAAAUUCCUAAGGAAAGUGACAAUUUUAGUGCCCCUUUUUCAGAUAUGCCAUGGAGCAAACAGGGAGCUUCACACCAUCCAGAAAAAUGUCUAAUCAGUAAGGACUGUGUUUCUUUUCCACAUGAAGUUGCUCCUCGUUUUUAUAGUAAAAUGCCACAUUGUUUUUUGCAUUGUUUGUUGGAAAGAGGAGGAAGAGAGGUUCCCUUGACAGCUGAUAGUCAUUAUUUUGAGAGUGUUUAUUUAAGGGCUCCUGCUGAGAAUGAGAUGAAACAAAAGAUGGAUUCUUUGGAGGGUUAUAAAAGAAAUGAAGAAGAUCUGGGGAAAGAAUUAUCUCAAUGUUUUGAACUAAAGGAGAAUAGAAAUACUUUAGUAUUUUCAGAGGUGCAUCCCAGAUCUGCAGAAAUACAAUAUAUUGAGAAUGUUGUAGGUACUGAUAAUUCUGUAGAAGUGUCAGAAGCACAUAUACUCUCCACGGGGCAUGAUACCUCUAAGAUGGAGGUUUUUGGUGGUCGUCUUCAGACAAUUAAAUCCAACUCAGAUGAGACAUCAGAACAGCUGUAUUUUCAAGAAGAAAGAAACCAAAAGCCACCUUCUGCUUUUGGUGGGAAAAAUGUUGAUGCUACUGAAAAUGUAGCCUUUCAGGCAGUUAUUGCCUCUAUUGAACCUUCUGAGAAAGAGAGUACAGUAAAUGAAAUCCAAACUGACAUCAAUAAAUCUUUAACAAAUGACAGCCAAGAAAAUGAACCAAAAAAUCCAGAUCUUUCCCUAUUAAAUUAUGAUGAAAACUUUUUCUUUGAUAAACUUAAUCACCCACGCUAUCAAUCUACUCCUGGGGUGUUUGAAUCAGCAGCUUCAAAACCAUUGUCGUAUAAAAAAGAUAAUGGUGAUAGCUCCCUGUACUGGCAUCCCAAUUUAAAAUCACUCCCCAGUGCUCCUCAGGAAAUAUUCAUUAAGCCACUCUCUCUUAGUCCAGAGCUUAAGUCGUCAUCUUCUUUAAGUGAAAAAUCUCUCAGACAAGCUGUUGGUCUUGGCAAGACACAGUCAGCUUUAUUUCAGUAUGAUACAAACAAUGAACCAUUUCUUCCCAUUGGGGAGAUAAAGUCUGUUUCUGCUCUUGACCUUGCAGAGAAGUUAGGGUCUUCAGACAUUAUUUAUCCAAUGAAAGUAUGGACUUCAGAUUCUUUGGUUUUACAAGAUUUAAAGCAGCACACCUUUGAAGAAGUUGCAGAUUCCUCAAACUGUAUUUUGGGUAAGAAUGGAAACUCUAGUAACAUCAUUGAAAGUCCAUCUGCAGCUUUAGGAAGCAGCUUUUCAGCAAACUUGGUGGCAUGUGAUGCAAAGUCACAAGGUGCUUUGCCAGUGAUCAGUGAUGCGUCAUUAAUUGCAGUUGGCCAAGAGACAUUGCUGAAAGCUGAUAUAGACCAAGGUGAAAUUCCUCCGCCUGUGGGAGCCAAGUCCAGUUUUACUGUCUAUACAAUUAUGCAAAAUGACUCCUAUUUUGUAGAGGGCCUGCAGGGGAAGGCUGAAUCUGACAUCUGUACUCUGGAUGAUGAUACUGAAUGCUGUAGCCUAGAUGAAAAUGAUGUAUGCAGGAAAAGAGUUGUUGAACUACAAAGAGAGAUAUGUGGCCAAGGUGACUUGACUGGUGAGUGCAUUAAGCUAGCAGGUUUAGAAAAUUUGCUUGAUAAUCUAGAGAUUUGUGACAGCUCCCUGCACUGGCAGUCUACUGUACAGCUACCAUGUAAGGAAGAGAGCAGUUCUGAAGAGCCUGUAUGUCCUUCUAAUAUGGACAGUAAUCAGUCUUUUGCAUCUGUAUUGCCUCCAUUUGUUCCUCAUGAGCCAACUAGAGAGUUGGAGUAUCACUCUUCAGAUCUCAGAAUGUUGAGGGUAUCUCCUGACACUGUGCCAGGGACUCUCAAACAUUCACCAGGGGAUACGUCCAAAGGAGACAGAGCUGAAAUUCCUCAAUCCACCUUGAAACCAGGCAUCACUACCACUCCUGAAGAUUCAGACACUGUAUCUCAUUUAUCCUUGUCCCCUGAGGACUUUCCUCAGUUGGCUGGAAGGUCUCCUCAAGUGAAGAAUAUUGGUCAACAUACUGAUACUCUCAACCAACAGACAUUAGCAGACAGUCGUCUAACUGAAGAGGCUCUAAAAGUUUCAGCUGUUCCUGGGCUAGCUGACCAGAAGACUGAGAUAGCAACAGUGCCCUCUAGUUCCUACUCACAAAGAGGGAAGCCAAAUAUUUUCUACCCACAGGGCUUGCCAGACGGUCAUCUAACUGAAGAGGCUCUAAAAGUUGCAGCUGUUCCUGGACUUGGUGACCAGAAGACAAGUAUAUCUGCAGUCCCUCCAAGUUCCUACUCACCUGGAGAGAAGCACAGUAUUUUCUACCCACAGGCAUUGCCAGACAGUCAUCAAACUGAAGAGGGUCUGAAUGUUUCAGUUCUUCUUGGACUAGCUGAUCUAAAGACUGGAAAACCAACAGAACCGGCUAGUUCCUACUCAGUUGGAGAGGAGCCUGGCAUUUUCUACCAACAGGCCUUGCCAGGCAGUCAUCUACCAGAAGAGGCUCUGAAAGUUUCACCUUCUCCUAGACCAGUUGAUGAAAAGACUGGGUUGCCUACUGCAUCCUCUGCCUCUUACUCACAUGGAGAGAAGCCUCGUAUUUUCUAUCAACAGACAUUGCCAGAAAGUCAUCUAAUUGAACAGGCUCUGAAAGUUUCAGCUGCUUCUGGACCCCCUGAACAGAAGACUGGGAUUCCUAUAGUAACUUCUACUUCUUACUCACAUAGAGAGAAGCUCAGUAUUUUGUGUCAGCAGGAGUUGCCAGACAGUCAUCUAACUGAACAGGCUCAGAAAAUUUCAGCUGCUCCUGGAUUGGCUGAGCAGAAGACUGGGAUUCCUACCAUACCCUCUACUUCCUAUUCUCAUAGAGAGGACCCUCUUAUUUUCUACCAACAAGAGUUGCCAGGCAGUUAUCUAACUGAACAGGCUCAGCAAGUUUCAGCUGCUCCUGGAAUGGCUGAGCAGAAGACUGGGAUAUCGACAGUACCCUCUACUUCCUAUUCACAUAGAGAGAAGCCCAGUAUUUUGUACCAACAAGAGUUACCAGAUAGUCAUCUAAUUCAACAGGUUCAGCAAGUUUCAGCUGCUCCUGGAUUGGCUGAGCAGAAGACUGGGAUUCCUACCAUACCCUCUACUUCUUACUCACAUAGAGAGAAGCCCGGUAUUUUAUACCAGAAAGAGUUGCCAGACAGUCAUCUAACUGAACAAGCUCAGAAAGUUUCACCUGCUCCUGGACCCCCUGAGCAGAAAACUGGGAUUCCUAGAGUAACUUCUACUUCUUACUCACAUAGAGAGAAGACCAGUAUUUUCUACCCACAAGCCUUGCCCGGCAGUCAUCUAUCUGAAGAGGCUCUGAAAGAUUCAGCUAUUUCUGGACUAGCUGAUCAGAAGACUGGGACAUCAGAACCUUCUGGUUCCUACUCACAUAGAGAGAAAUCCAGUGUUUUCUACCAACAGGAGUUGCCAGAUAGUCAUCUAACUGGAGAGGCUCGGAAAGUUUCAGGUGUUACUGGAACAGGUGACCAGAAGACUGGGAUACCUAUAGUAACCUCUGCUUCCUACUUACGUAAAGAGAAGCCCAUUAUUUUCUACCAGCAGGCCUUACCAGAUAGAUAUCUUACUGAAGAGGCUCUGAAUGUUUCAACUGCUCCCAGACCAGCUGACCAGAAGACUGGGAUACCUGCAGUACCAUCUAGUUCCUAUUUAUAUAGAGAGAAGCCCAUCAUUUCUUACCAGCAAGAGUUUCCAGAUCUUACUCAAGUGGCUUUAAAAGUUUUAGAGGUUCCUGGACCAGCUGACCAGAAGAUUGGGAUACCAGCAGUAAUCUCUACUUCUUCCUCAUAUGGAGAGAAGCCCAUCAUUUCUUACCAGCAAGAGUUGCCAGAUCCUAAUGAAGAUGCUUUAAAAUGUUUAGAGCUUCCUGGACAAGCAGACCAGACCACUGGUAUGCAUAUUGUGCCCCCUACUUCCUAUUCACAUAGAGAGAGCCCCAUCUUUUCUUACCAGAAGGAGUUGCCAGAUAUUACUGAAGAAACUUUGAAAGUUUCAGCUGUUCCUGAACCAGCUGACCAGAAGAUUGGCAUACAAACAGUCCCCUCUAGUUCCUACUCAUAUAGAGAGAAGGCCGAUGUUUUUUACCAGCAGGAGUUGCCAGAUCUUACUGAAGAAACUUUAAAAGUUUUUGCUCUUCCUGGACCAGCUGACCAGAGCGCUGAGAUAACAAAAGGGCCUUCUAGUUCUUACUCACAUAAAGAGAAACUCGGGAUUUUACCGGAUGACCAGAAGGCUGAGUUACUGUCAGCUCCCCUUAGUUCCUACUCACAUAGAGAAAAGCCUAAGACUUCAACUGUGAUCGGACCAGAUGACCAGAAGACUCCAUUACUGACAGGUUUUCCUAAUUCUUAUUCUCAGAGAGUAAAGCCCAGUAUUUUCUUUCAACAGCAGUUGCCAGAUAGACAUCAAAGUGGAGAUAUUCUGAAGAUUUCACCUGUUCCUGAACCAACUGAUGUGAAUUCUUGGAUACAAAUACCUCUUUCUAGUUCCUAUUCACACAGAGAGAAAUCUAAUAUUUUCUACCCAGAGGAAUUGCCAGACAAACAUCUCACUGAAGAUUCACUGAAGGUUUCAACAGUUCCUGGACCAGCUGACCAAAAAACUGUGUUACCAGCAGUUCCUCCUAGUUCCUUUUCACAUAGAGAGAAAGCAAUUCUUUUCUACCAACAGGAUUCGCCAGAAAGACAUCUAACUGAAAAUAACCUGAAGUUCUCAAGUAAUCUUGGGCAAGCUGGUCAGAUUACUGGGUUAUCAACAGUUCCCCCUAGUACUUAUUCACAUAGUGAGAAGCACAAACUUGUUUCAGACCAUGUCCAAAGGCUGAUAGAUAAUUUGGAUUCUUCUAACACCAGUGUUAUCUCAAACAAUAUGCCUUUAAAUUCUCAGGCUGAUGGUAGAGUUGUAAGAAAUAAGCCAGAAUCUUCAGGUUUUGAAGAUGUUGGCUCUAAGGAAAUCCAGGAUACGGAAAACAGUUCCAAAACUCUUAAAGAGAUUCAGACACUUUUAAUGGAAGCAGAAAAUAUAGCACUGAGACGAUGCAAUUUUCCUGUUCCCCUUGUCCCUUUCGGAGAUGUUAGUGAUAUUUCAUUUAUACAAUCUAAGAAGGUGGUUUGCUUCAAAGAACCCCCCACAACUGAUGCAUCUAAUGGUGAUUUGUCUCAGAGACAGCCAUUCACAGAAGAAAGCCCAAGCAACAAGUGCAUACAGAAGGAUAUUAGCACACAGACGAAUCUGAAAUGCCAGAGAGGCAUUGAAAAUUGGGAGUUUAUUAGUUCAACUACAGUUAGAAGUCCUUUACAGGAAGCAGAAAGCAAAGCCAGAGUGGCAUUAGACGAAACCCUUAGGCAAUAUAAAGCAGCCAGAUCUGUAAUGAGAUCUGACCCUGAAGGGUAUAGUAGAACCAUUGAGAAUAAGAUUGUUAUUCCUAUGAUGACUGUCAUUAAAAGUGAUUCAAGUAGUGAUGCAAGUUCCUGCUCACGGGACAGUAAUUCCUUGGAGUCAGUUUCUGAUGUGCUUCUAAACUUCUUUCCAUAUUCUUCACCCAAGACAAGCAUGACAGAUAGCAGAGAGGAAGAGGGUGUGUUAGAGAGUGACAAUGGUGGUGGUAGCAGUGUAGAUUCACUGGCUGCAUAUGUGAAAAACCUUCUGAAAUGUGAAUCCUCGUUGAACCAUGCUAAACAAAUACUCAGAAAUGCGGAGGAGGAGGAAUCUCGGGUACGGGCACGAGCCUGGAAUCUGAAGUUUAAUAUGGCUCAUGAGUAUGGCUACUCCAUUUCAGAAUUAAAUGAAGAUGACAGGAGAAAAGUUGAAGAGAUCAAAGCACAGUUGUUUGGUCAUGGGAGAACAACUGACUUGCCCAAGGGUUUACAGAGUCCACAGGGAAUAGGAUGCAAGCCAGAAGCUGUAUGUAGUCACAUUAUUAUUGAGAGCCAUGAAAAAGGAUGUUUCAGGACUCUAACAGUUGAACGGCCACAAUUGGACAGCCACCCUUGUGUUUUCAGAUCUGCUGAACCCUCAGAAAUGAUCAGAGGACCACGGAGCCCAUCAUCAUGGACAACCAGGCACAUCAACCUUGCCAAGUCACUGGACCAGAACAACUCCCAUUUCAAAGUUUGGAAUUCAUUGCAGUUACAAAGUCAUUCCCCAUUUCAAAACUUUGUAGGUGAUGACUUGAAAAUUAGCAAGGGUCUUCGAAUGCCAUUCCGUGAAAAGUUGGACCCUUGGCUGUCAGAAUUAGUAGAACCUGCUUGUAUGUCACCUGAAGAAAUGGAUUGUCAGUCUUCAUCACAAAUGCUGCCCCCAGAACCCAUGAAAAAGUUUACUACCUCCAUCACUUUCUCAUCUCACCGACAUUCUAAAUGCUUUUCAGAUUCCUCUUUUCUUAAGGUUGGUGUUCCUGAAGGUAGCCAGUGUACUGGAGCAUCUGUGGGGCUAGUUAAUUCUCAUAUCACUGAAGAGCAAGAUCCUCCUAGAGAUCUAAAAGAGAAAAUCUCUUCCCCUUCAUCAUUUAAAAUCAUUAGUCAGUCACCAGAUAAAGUUGUGACUAUUUUAGCAGAAAAUAGUAGGCAAAGCCAAAAAUUAUCUGUUGAACAUUCUCACCAAGAAGAAAAACCCUUAGAAAGAUCAGAUUUUAAAGGCAGUCAUUCUAAGCCCAGUACCAGUGCAAAUGAUAGCAAUUUCAAGGAAGUUCAUUUUUCUGAUAACGAUGCUCUCAUUAGCAUGGGCAGACCAAGUUCCACACUAGGAGUAAAAGAGAAGAAUGUAACUAUAACUCCAGAUCUUCCUUCGAACAUUUUUCUUGAACAAGAGCUCUUUGAACAAAGCAAAGCCUCACAUGCAGAUCACCGUGUGAGAAAACACAAUUCUCCCCCUCCUCAACAUCAGGAUUAUGUAGCUGCAAAUCUCCCUUGUCGUAUUUUUCUUGAAAAACGAGAACUCUUUAAACAAAGCAAGACCCAACAUAAAGAAAAUCUGUUGAGAGAAAACCACUCUCCCCUUCCUCAAAGUCAGGAUUAUAUAGCUUCAGACCUUCCUUCUCCCAUUUUUCUUGAACAACGUCAGCUCUUUGAACAAAGCAAAGCCCCAGAUGUAGAUCACCACAUGGGAAAACACCAUUCUCCCUUUCCUCAAGGUCAGGAUUGUAUAGUAGAAAAGAAUAAUGAACAUAAGCCUAAAUUACACAUUUCUGAUAUGAUAAAUGUUGAAGCCGAAUUCAGUGAUGUGGCGUCCCCAUCAGCCCCAAAUCAAUGUACAGUAGUAACAUCUGCAUCUACUCCACCUUCAAAUAGAAAAGCACUUUCUUGUGUUCGUAUAACUCUUUGUCCCAAGACUCCUUCCAAGUUGGGUAGUGGAACCUUAGAUAAAAGAUUUCAUUCAUUGGAUCCUGCCUCUAAAACAAGGAUGAAUAGUGAGUUUAACUCUGACCUACAGACUAUAUCUUCAGAAUCAUUGGAACCAACCUCCAAAUUAUUGACCAGUAAACCUGUAGCACAGGAUCAAGAAUCUUUAGGUUUUCUAGGACCUAAAUCUUCACCGGACUUCCAAGUCAUACAGUCUCCUCUUCCAGAUAGUAAUAUUAUUUCUCAGGACCUGAAAACCAUACCUUUUCAGAAUAGCCAGAUAGUAACCUCCAGGCAAACACAAGUGAACAUUUCAGAUUUGGAAGGAUAUUCCAAUCCAGAAGGGACUCCGGUAUCUGCAGUUCGGUCACCAAAGGAGAUUAAGACCCCGUUUUCUCCCUUCUCUGGAAAAUUAUCAUCUGAUGCAGUCACUCAGAUAACAACAGAAAGUCCAGCAAAAGCCAUGUUUUCAUCUGAGAUUUUUGUUAAUGCUGAAGAUCGUGGACAUGAUAUUCCAGAGCUCAGUACACGGAGGUUGGGCAAAGUUCCUGUUAAGUUUGAUUCAUCAUCUUCAGUCCAACAGAUUACUGUUCCUCAUGGCACAGAUGGCCAACCUUUACUGUUGCCAUAUAAGCCUUCUGGUAGUACGAAGAUGUACUAUGUUCCCCAAUUAAGACAAAUUCCUUCAUCUCUGGAUUCCAAGUCAGACACCACCAUUGAGAGCUCACACUCAGGAUCCAAUGAUGCCAUUGCUCCAGACUUCCCGGCUCAGGUGCUAGGCACAAGGAAUGAUGACCUGGCAGACACUGUUAACAUUAAACAUAAAGAGGGGAUCUACAGUAAGAGGGUGGUAACUAAGGCAUCCUUGUCAAUGGGGAAAAAACCCUUUCAGAAAGAUAAUGCAGAUGCUCAAGCUCAAGUUCUCAUCACUGGGGAUGAGGACCUCUCAGACAAAAACCAGAAAAAGGAGAUCUACAGUAAAAGGGCAGUGACCGAGGCUGCUCUAUCUGAAGAAAAAGAAUCCUUGCAGAAAGACACUACAGGUUGCAGUGCUGCUGCUGCUUCAGAGCAGUCAGCUCAACUACAAGACAUGAAGAUUGAUAGUCUACCAGACACUACAGCCACUAAACAGAAAGAGGAGAUUCACAGUAAGAGGACAGUUCCUAAGGAAGGCUGGCCCGAAGAGAAGAAAUCCUUGCAAAUAGGUAUUGCAGAGCCCAGAUGUCAUUCAGAAUUUGAAAAUACCACCCAUUCUGUCUUCAGGUCAGCUAAGUUUUACUUUCAUCAUCCAGUGCACCUACGAAGUGAUCAAGAUUUUUGCCAUGAAUCCUUAGGAAGAAGAGUUUUCAUGAGGCAUUCUUGGAAAGAUUCCUUUCAGCAUCAUCCAGACAAACAAAGAGAACACACUUGUCUUCCUUCCUCUUAUCAAAAUGUGGCAAAGACAAAGUCAGAUUAUACCACAGUAGAGAGCCUCAGUAUCAAUGUAAACUUGGAAAACAAAGGAGUAAAGCAUACUACUAAAAGUCAGGCUAGACAUUUCCCAAAAUAUGACAAACAAGUUAAUGACCUAAAAAGGGAUCAUAAGGCCACCCCAGAGUUAACAACUCAGCACACUGUGAGUUUAAAUGAACUCUGGAACAGGUAUCAGGAGCGACAGAGGCAACAGAAACCUCCUGAGUUCAGUGCCAAGAAGGAACUUUCCUUGGUGGAGCGACUUGAUCGUUUGGCUAAACUUCUUCAGCAUCCCAUCACACAUUCUCUCCAGUCCUCAGAAAGUACACAGGAUGAUAACAAGGGGGAACAAGAUGUUAAGGAACGGAGUGGUAGACAGCAACAGCAGAAAAACAAGCUUCAGAAAAAGAAACGGUAUAAAAGCCUGGAGAAAUGCCAUAAAAAUACAGGCGAUCUUAAAAAAAACAAGGUUCUUUCUACUCAUCAAGCUGGGAGGUCCAAUCAGAUUAAAAUUGAACAGAUUAAAUUUGAUAAAUAUAUUCUGAGAAAACAGCCAGGUUUUCAUUAUAUAAAUAACACUUCUUCAGAUUCUAGACACUCAGAGGAGAGUGAGCUGCUCACAGAUACUGCCACCAACAUCCUUUCCACCACCACUUCUGUGGAAUCAGAUAUAUUGACCCAAACAGAUAAGGAAGUGACUCUGCAUGAGAGGAGCAGCUCUAUUUCCACCAUUGAUACUGCCCGACUGAUCCAUGCUUUUGGCCAUGAAAGAGUUUGUUUGUCACCCAGGCGAAUUAAAUUAUACAGCAGCAUCACCGACCAUCAGAGGAGAUACCUUGAGAAGCGGAGCAAGAAAAACAAGAAACCACUGAAUACAGGUUAUCCCCAAAUUACUUCAGAGCACACCAGAAGGAAACACGUCCAGGUGAGCGACCAUAUUUCUUCUGACUCUGUUUCGUCUUCUACCAGCAGUUUCUGGAGCUCGAGCUCUACCCUUUGCAACAAGCAAAAUGUACAUAUGUUAAAUAAGGGCAUACAAGCAGGUACGUUGGAGAUUGUGAAUGGUGUCAGAAAACACACUCGAGAUGUUGGAAUGACUUUCCCAACUCCAAGUUCUAGCGAGGCUAGAGUAGAAGAGGACAGUGAUGUGACCUCUUGGUCAGAAGAAAAGAUAGAAGAGAAAAGGUUCCCUAACAAUUAUCUUGGGGACAGAAAAUUAAGGAAGAAUAAGCAGAGCUGCUGGGAAGGAGUUUCAUGGUUUGUUCCUGUGGAAAAUGUGAAGUCUGGUCCUAAGAAGGAAAACCUGCCCAAGUUUCAUGGCCCUGGUGUCUCCUGGUUUGCACCAGUAACCAACACCACGCCUUGGAGGGAGCCACUACAGGAACAGAACUGGCAAGGACAGCACGUGGACAGCCACAGUUCACUAGCAGGCCCAGGCAGAGAUCCACUGAAGCCAUUUGUGAGAGCAACCCUACAGGAAUCACUGCAACUUCACAGACCUGACUUCAUCUCCCGCUCUGGGGAACGGAUAAAGCGCCUGAAGUUAAUAGUCCAGGAGAGGAAGCUGCAGAACAUGUUACAGAGUGAACGGGAGGCACUGUUCAGCACUGUGCGAGAAUGGCAGGGCCACCGGGAUGCUAUGCACCUGCUCCCUAAGAGAGGCUUCCUGGCUGCCCAAAAGAAAAGGCCUAUUGGAAAGAAGGAAAUGAUUCAGCGGUCUAAAUGGAUUUAUGAACAGCUUCCAGAAGUACAGAAAAAGAGAGAAGAGGAAAAGAGGAGAUUGGAAUAUAAGUCCUACCGGCUGCGAGCCCAGCUAUAUAAAAAGAAAGUGACCAGUCAACUCUUGGGGAGAAAAGUUCCUUGGAACUGACAUAAGAGUAUUUUCCUCAGAGCCUUGGAAUUAUAUUUUAUCGGCCUGGAGGAGCACAAUCCUUACUUUUAUGAGUCUGGUUUAAUAAAACUUAUCUUGU